CCAUCCACUUCGGCGAUCCGUGUCAUGUCUCCUCCACCACUCAGCACGCUCCGAUCUCGACCUCCUCCCCACAUCUCAUCCGUCCAUCCCCACCCCUGAACAAGCGCUCCCCUCCCUUCCUUCCCCUUCUCUUAUCGUCUCCUUCCUCUCUCUCUCUCUCCCUUUUUUUUUUUGGCUUUUAUUUUUUUAAAUUAUUAUUACACUCUUUUCCUUCUUCCAAACCCUUUUUCUUUUCUUUUUAGUAGACACCCCAACCCCAGAGCGUACCCUCUGCGCUCGCCCACCAUGGCUACCGAGGAAGUUUGCAAGCCUCCCAAUCUCCCUCCUUAUCCUGAGAUGAUACUUGCAGCGAUCGAGGCUUUGAACGAGAAGGAGGGGUCGAACAAGUCGGCGAUAUCGAAGUACAUCGAGUCGUCGUACGGGGAGCUGCCGCAGUCGCACUCGUCGCUGCUGACGGCCCACCUGGCCCGGAUGAAGGAGAGCGGCGAGCUCCUCCUCGUCAAGAACAACUACUUGAAGCCUGGGCCCGAAGCGCCCCCCAAGCGGGGCCGCGGCCGGCCCCCCAAGCCCAAGCCCGUCGUCCCCCCGGACGCCGUCCUCCCCCCUCCCCGCCCCCGCGGCCGGCCCCCCAAGCCCAAGGACCCCCUCGCUGCCGCGGUCGCCAAGGUCAACAAAGGCCUCCCCAGGGCCCGCGGCCGCCCGCCCAAGAAAGCCCGGCCUGCCGUCUCCGCCGCGGCGGCUCCGGCUUCCGAUGGCGCUCCGGCGAAGAGGGGCCGAGGCCGGCCCCCGAAGCCCAAGCCCGUGGCGGCGAACGACGAGGCCUGACUUGAAUCAAUCAGUCUCAGGGGAGGAGACUUGUUCAUGGUACUUCUUGAUGAGUUCUUGAAAAAGGGACAUCAUCUUGAGGCUGAGCUGGAGUAAAAGCAAUAGGUGCUCCAAAAUUUAUUUUCAGGCCUUACAUUGUUCAAUAGCGUAACAUCAGUGAUGGACGAAUUCAAUUAAAUGAUGGAUUGCCAGUUGCUUUGUGAUAAUGUCCUUGUGUUGCCUUAGCAUCAUCUCCAAUGUAGCUUCUAAUUUUUGCACUUUAUGUACUCAUUAUUCACUCUAUGUUGGGAUAAUGCGUAUUGUAGUCUAAAGGACUACUUCAUGCAUCAUGAGACUAGAGAUUCACUCUUAACUAUGGUGCAUUAUAUGGAGCUUAUAUCCGACAUUCUUUUA